AUGGCUAAUCAGAGAAAGUCGAACGUCUUCCGGGUGACAGGCUUGUUGAAGGAACAGCCCGAUGGGGAUCUCGAGACCACAUUACGGGAGGCCCUCAACGACAACUUCACCAACGAGGAGAGAUCGUGUAUCACGGCUGCGAUCACAAUCGUACCUUCAUGCUACGAAAGUGUCACACAGAGAGUGGCGCUGGUACAGUUUCGCGGCGGGUUGCCUCAGUUCCUCCAUAGCCUCGAUCCGCUCGGAGACUGGCAGGUUGAGAUGGAAGACGAUGAUAUCAACUUUGACUGCCACUUCUUUGGAUUUACUCAGCUCUAUACGCUGGACGAAAAUAAGCCCGUGGAUGCAGAUAUUAUUGCGAUCGCCGGACUCGAUGGACAUGCGUACGGAUCGUGGCAAGGAAGAGGAAAUCUCGGUCGCAUGUGGCUCCGGGACUUCCUGUCGAAGGAUCUGCCGCAGUGUCGCACAAUGAUCUACGGGUACAACUCCAAGCUGUCGAGCCACGGAGUCGGUACGAUCCUCGACUACGGGCGAGAGCUGAUGGAGGAGAUCAAGAAAAUCAGGAAUACAAAGGAGCUCCAGCAGAGACCUUUGAUUUUCAUCGCGCACAGUUUUGGAGGCAUUAUCGUGGCUCACUGCCUGGUCAGGGCCAUCCAGACGAUGGAGGAAGACCACCCGGCGAUCACGUCGCUGCAUCGAGCCACGUACGGCAUGAUCCUCUUCGCCAUCCCACAUAAAGGAUUAGUGAUGGACGAUAUCCAGCAGAUGCUAGCAGGGGAUAAGAGUUAUCUGCGAGAGCAACUACUGCGACAGAUUUCUAGCAACUCGGAUAUCCUGAUCCAUCAACUGGCCGACUUUAAAAAUCUCAUCCGGGACCGCAAAGUGGUCAGCUUCUAUGAGACAGAGCAGACGAAGCGGUUGGUAUUAGACUCGGAAAGCGGACGUUGGAAACGCACUGGGGAAUUCAUGACAACGGUUGACACAGACUCGGCUCUUCUUCAGCUUCCCGACCACGUAGAAGACAAGGUGCCGCUGCAUGCAGAUCACUCAAUGAUCGUGAAAUUCGACAAGCGUGAUGCGGCCGGGUAUCAAACGGUGCGCGACAGACUUCAACAAUUCUCGAAGGACGCACCAUCGUUGGUGGCGGCUCGGUUUACACAGACGCGUCAGAAGCCUCAGCCGUGCUCUACGGUGCCUUUUAAGAGGGACUCAACAUUUGUGGGCCGUGAAGCCAAGAUCAGUGCGAUCAAGGAAAAACAUGGGAUGAUCGGCCAGCGUCACGAGCGGGUAGCACUCGUGGGGCUUGCCGGCGUUGGAAAAACCCAGACAGCCAUCGAGUAUUCUUAUCGCGUGCGAGAUGCAACACCAGACAUCUGUAUUUUUUGGAUCCACGCCAGCAAUGCAGCGCGGUUGGAACAGGGCUAUCAGGAGAUUGCCACAGUUGCAGAGAUUCCGGGACAGGACGAUCCAAAGAUCAAUAUCCUUCAGCUCGUGUACCAGUGGUUGCGUGAUCCACAAAAUGGUUGCUGGCUGAUGGUAUUAGAUAAUGCGGAUGACCAUGGUAUCUUUUUCAAUGCCACUGAAUCCAAUGAACGAGGGCCACUGGAGAGGUUCCUGCCCCAGGCCGCGCAUGGAUCAAUCCUGGUCACGUCCCGAAAUGGUCUUGCCGCACGGAAUCUGGUGGGGAGCGAUGGGCAUGUGAUUGACGUUCAGCCAAUGAACGAGGAAGAGUCGCUUGCCCUUUUACGGGCAAGAAUUCCGGCCCCCCAAUCUGGAGAGGACGAGAAGGCACUGGUCCAGGCACUUGAAUACAUUCCGCUGGCAAUCACUCAGGCGGGAUCCUAUAUUGCCAACCGGUCGCCACUUAUUACCGUCUCCACAUAUCUUCGACUUUUCCAUGAAAGCGAAUCGAAGCGGACACGGCUUCUUCAAAAUGAGGAUUCCACAGAUCUCCGUCGCGAUCCCAGCAUUCGGUAUGCGGUGAUCACCACGUGGCAGAUCUCGUUUGAGCAGAUUUGUCAGGAGCGGCCCGCGGCGACAGAUCUCCUAGCGUUGAUGAGUAUGUUCGAUCGGCAGGGAAUCCCGGAGGACUUGGUGCGCGAGUCUGAACAAGAUGAGCUAGACUUCCACGAUGCAUUGGUACCGCUGCUCAAUUAUUCUCUGAUCCAACUGGAAAUUAACGAACGGUUGUUUAACAUGCAUCGCCUAGUGCAGUUAUCGGUCCGAGCGUGGCUGGAGAUGCACCAGCAGCUCUACAGCUGGCAGGCCAAAUCACGAGGGAUUGUGGCACGGGUGUUUCCAGAUGGCAACUACGAAAGUUGGACAAAAUGUCGAUCGCUCCUAGCGCAUGCCAAGAGUGUGCUGAAUUCUAUAUGUGACUUAGAGGGUGAAGAUCGAUUAAAUACCGCUACCCUCUUAUCUAAUUGUGGAUUGUUUCUAGAUCUUCAAGGAGCUUAUAAAGAGGCAGAAGCGAUGUACCGACAGGCGUUGGAAGUACGAGAGAAGGUAUUUGGACGCGAGCAUCCCGACACGCUUGCCAGUGUCAAUGACCUUGCCUCAGUCUUUGAAAGGCAAGGGAAAUAUGAAGAGGCGGAAGCGAUGCAUCGACGGGCGUUUGAAGCACGAGAGAAGGUGCUUGGACGCGAGCAUCCCGACACGCUUGCCAGUGCCAAUAACCUUGCCUCAGUGCUUGACAUGCAAGGGAAAUAUGAAGAGGCCGAAGUCAUGCACCGACGGGGAUUGCAAGGAUGCGAAGAGGUGCUUGGACGCGAGCAUCCUCACACGCUCACCAGUUUUGGUCACCUUGCGUCGGUGCUCGGCAGCCAAGGGAAAUAUGAAGAGGCCGAAGCAAUGCAUCUACGGGCGUUGGAAGGGAGUGAGAAGGUGCUUGGACGCGAGCAUCCCUCCACCCUCAUCAGUGUCAAUAACCUUGCCUUGGUGUUUGACAUGCAAGGGAAAUAUGAAGAGGCCGAAGCAAUGCAUCUACGGGCGUUGGAAGGGAGUGAGAAGGUGCUUGGACGCGAGCAUCCCGACACGCUUACCAGUUUGAGUAACCUUGGCUUGGUGCUUGACAGCCAAGGGAAAUAUGAAGAGGCCGAAGUAUUGCAUCGACGGGCGUUGGAAGGGAGUGAGAAGGUGCUUGGACGCGAGCAUCCCGACACGCUUGCCAGUGUCAAUAACCUUGCCUCAGUGCUUGACAUGCAAGGGAAAUAUGAAGAGGCCGAAGUCAUGCACCGACGGGCGUUAGAAGCCCGAGGGAAGGUGCUUGGACGCGAGAAUCCUCAGACUCUCACCAGUGUCAAUAACCCUGGCUUGGUGCUUGACAGCCAAGGGAAACAUGAAGAGGCAGAACCGGCGCAUAUACGGGCACAGACUGUGAAUUCUAGUACUCUCAUGCAGCAAGGAAUCCUGUCUAGGAAAAUAUUCUCCACUUCUCAUCCGUUGCUUCAAUUGUCGCAAAAGCAUCUUCGAUCACUGGGAGAGCAACAUGACCGUGAUGUCGACUGA